CCCAGUGACGCGGCGCCGCGGCCCGGGCAGCGCUCACUGACACGCUCACUCGCGCUCCAGACGCCGGGUCUUCAACAUGGCGGCUCUGAAACUCCUCUCCUCCUGGCAAAGGUUCUGCGCCUCCGCCCGGGGCUCCGGGGGCUCUUGGUCAAAGGGAUGUGUUUGCUACUUUUCAACCAGCACGCGUCGCCAUACCAAAUUUUAUACGGAUCCAGUGGAAGCUGUAAAAGACAUCCCUGAUGGUGCAAAGAUCCUGGUUGGUGGUUUUGGGUUAUGUGGAAUUCCAGAGAAUCUUAUAGGAGCUUUACUAAAGACUGGUGUAAAAGGGUUAACUGCAGUCAGCAACAAUGCAGGGGUUGACAACUUUGGCUUGGGCCUUUUACUUCAAUCCAAGCAGAUAAAACGCAUGGUUUCUUCGUACGUGGGAGAAAAUGCAGAAUUUGAACGACAGUACUUAGCUGGUGAAUUAGAAGUAGAGCUGACACCUCAGGGCACACUUGCAGAGAGGAUUCGUGCAGGUGGGGCUGGAGUUCCCGCAUUUUACACCAGCACAGGGUACGGGACCCUGGUACAAGAAGGAGGGGCACCGAUCAAAUACAACAAAGAUGGCAGCGUUGCCAUUGCCAGUAAGCCAAGAGAGGUGAGAGAGUUUAAUGGUCAACAUUUUAUUUUGGAGGAAGCAAUUACCGGGGAUUUUGCCUUGGUGAAAGCCUGGAAGGCAGACCAAGCAGGAAACAUAAUUUUCAGGAAGACUGCACGAAAUUUCAACUUGCCGAUGUGCAAAGCUGCACAAACCACGGUGGUAGAGGUUGAAGAAAUUGUGGAUAUUGGAUCUUUUGCCCCAGAAGACAUCCAUAUUCCUAAGAUUUAUGUACAUCGUCUUAUAAAGGGAGAAAAAUAUGAGAAAAGAAUUGAGCGUUUAUCAGUCCGGAAAGAUGGAGAUGCAAAAACCAAAUCUGGUAAACCUGGAGACAAUGUGAGGGAACGUAUCAUCAGGCGGGCAGCUCUUGAGUUUGAGGAUGGCAUGUAUGGCAAGGAAACAGUUACCGUUCUUCCAGGAGCCUCCUACUUCUCCAGCGAUGAAUCAUUUGCGAUGAUUAGAGGGGGACAUGUCAAUCUGACAAUGCUAGGAGCAAUGCAGGUUUCCAAAUAUGGUGACCUGGCCAACUGGAUGAUACCUGGGAAGAUGGUGAAAGGAAUGGGAGGCGCGAUGGAUCUAGUGUCCAGUGCCAAAACCAAGGUGGUGGUCACCAUGGAGCAUUCUGCCAAGGGAAAUGCACAUAAAAUCAUGGAGAAAUGUACAUUACCAUUAACUGGAAAGCAAUGUGUCAACCGCAUCAUUACUGAAAAGGCUGUGUUUGACGUGGACAACAAGAAAGGGCUAACUCUGAUUGAACUCUGGGAAGGCCUGACAGUGGAUGACAUAAAGAAGAGCACUGGAUGUGACUUUGCCGUUUCGCCAAAACUCAUGCCAAUGCAGCAGAUCACAACCUGAAAUGUGGAAUAGACAUUUGUCCCAGGCUGUAUGUUUUUCAUUUCAACCACAUGGGAUUUCAUUGAAAGGACGUCAGUAGUCAGAAUUGUAUAUUUAACAAGCAGUUUUCUACUAGUUUUUCCUAACAUUUUAUGCUUUAUGCAAUCAUAUAGACUUUGUUCUCUCAAAGCAUGCUGUGCCAUUUUAAUGAAAAACAGAAAGAAAAAAUAUAUUUGAUUAUCUUAUUUGUUUUAUAAGCGUUGAGAAGGCUGUUUUUACAAUUGGUGUUCACAUUGGACUUCUUUCCAUCUUCUGUGGUACGUACACGAACUUGUGUGCAGUUUGUAUCAAGAUGGACCUAGAGGAAGACUUCUAUUGAUGUGCUUUCGCUCCUGACUAAAUCUUGAUGUAGAAAAAAGAAAAGAAUGAAGGAGAAAAAUAACUCCCCCUCACACACACAUGCUCCUCAGAGUACACCCACGGCAGCCUUGUACUAUUCCUGAAAGAUAAAAACGUGAAUUUUGAUUAGGAGAAAUGCGAUCUUAAUGAUUCUUUUUUCUUCGGCCUCCUCUGACUUUUCUUUUGGAGCCUCUGAUUUUGUGAUUACGUCUCUCCCCAUCCCACACUUUUUAUGACUAAAUAGAUGCCCAGGAAGGAAAACAGGAACAUCUCUGUGUUGAAGUAACUGGUUUGUGGGAAAGACUAAAGGGCACAGGGUCUGCUGGUGCUGGCACCCUACCAAUUGCCCUCAUAAACCAUCCAACCAGCCGAAGACUGAGGUUUGUUAUAGGAAGAGGGCUGUAAGCUUAACUGAUCUAACCAGUUUCUCAUUUGGAAACAGUGUAUUGGAAACAUAUUUGGAAAUAUGUAUCCAGAAGGUCCUUAAGAGCUUUCCUGUAGGUCUUUGAGGACCAGUGAGCUAUUUGAAACAUACCUCCUCUUAAACCAAGAAGGACUGUGGAAUUAUUUAUUGUGAAUCCAUAGUCAUAAUGACAGCAGGGAAUUUUUUUUUAAAGCCUUUCUUUUCAUGCUCUCUAUUCAGAAAAGUUUCUAAAUAUUGAAUGCCUUUUUCUACAGAAGUGUUCUUUCUUCUGUCCAGGCUACUUCUUUGAACAAAAUAUUUUUAGUGUGGCCUUAUCCAAACGGGAAUAAUGAUGAGCAAAUCCAGGAGUGAGGAGUGGGGAGUGAAUUUUCACAGUUAGAAAAUAAAUAUGGUGGAUUAGGUUUUGUAAGAAACUUCUCCUCAGAGAUAUCCUCAGUACCAAACAGUUGCCCAGGGGGUGACCAAUCAUCCUGGGUCUCAAACGGGGCAAAAAGCCUGGGCACCCUGAGGACAGGCCAGACAGCUGUCCUCUGGACAGAGGUGGGCAUAGUACAAAGCAACGUGUCAUUCCCCUGGCACCAGGCAUAGGGACUUACACGUGUUUCUAGGCGAUGGUUGUCAUUGAAACGCACUUUCUCUUCAAAUACAGCUACAGUUGUGUCAUGCAUGGUAUUAGAGGGACGAACGAGGGUUUUUUUUGUGAGAAGCACACUCCAUAUAUAAAAUAGUCUUUCUGGCUGUUUACGUGGUUGAAAAGCAUGCUCUCCCAGUACUGGUAAAAUGGAUUCUUAAAAUCUGUGACAUCGAGGACUAAUAUAUAUCUAUGUUAGAGUUAUGAUGUGGAAACGUAUGUUAUUGAUGAUUGCUAUAUUGGCAAACUUAUCAUUCCAAUCUGUUACUUUAAGAUAAUGGGAUUCUAAGCAUGUUCCCAACUUCGAAUGGCAGAGUCUAAGUAGAUGACUUUAUAUUCUUGCUUAAGGAGUGCCAUGGACAUUAAAUGCACUAAGAAAUACAAUAAAUGCUCCAAAUUGAUAUA